UUUGAGUAAAGCGAUGGUUGACUAUUUCUUCGCCAGUUCUCUCAAGACAUCUCUUGAAGAUACCUACAAUGUCGGUGAACCUUGCUCUAGUGGUCCACUUUCAGUGGUGCACGGUGCGGAGAACAAGCAUACCAAGAGUUCCUACGUUGUAAAGAAGAUUGCUAAAAAUAGUUAUCUACAAGGAAACGACUUGUCCAGCGCAGAGGAGAUGGCAAGAACGAUAUCCAGAGUGAGACAUCCUAAUAUUUGUCCAGUAACCGAUAUAUACGAGGACAGGGAGAAUGUUUAUGUUAUUAUGGAGAGUAUUCCUGGUGGUGAACUCUUCACUAGGUUAGCGAACGUGGAGAGCUACUCGGAGUACCACGCAGCCGCGAUAAUAAGAGACGUGCUGAGCGCUGUGCAGUAUCUUCAUAUGGAGGAUAUUAUCCACGCCAAUAUAAAGCCGGAGAAUGUGCUCAGUGGGAAUAGCAAGGAAUAUGCUCCAACAGUUCUCGCAGAUUUCUACAUGUCCAGUCUCAUGUCACAUGGUGUACUAAUGAACGGAGUUUGCGGGAACCCUUCUUAUGUUGCGCCCGAAAUUUUGAGAGGAUUUCCUCCUUCAAGAGAAUCUGACGUGUGGAGUAUAGGUGUCCUAACAUACGUACUAUUGUCAGGAUUGGAGCCGUUCCCAUCACCAAAUCAAGGAGACGCUGGAACAUAUUCCAACGUUGUACGUUGCGACUUCGAGUUCAUCAAACCUUUCUUCAACAAAGUUUCUAAAAACGCUCAAGACUUUAUCAGCAAGCUCGUAACACUAGUUCCCGGGGAAAGACUGACAGUUGCAGAGGCCCUAGAACACCCUUGGUGUAAGGGGGACGCUGCUAAAAUGGAACCAAUGGUGGGCGUGGGAAAACGUUUGUCUGAUAUGCUACUCAAGAAGAGAGAAACGCUAGCACAAAAGGGCAGUCUGCAGAUUGGACGCGUUCUGGCGAGAUACGACACUAAAACUCCUUUAGAAGAAGUGGAGACCAAAUUCGAUCAUCCCGAAGAGGUCGAGAAAGAAAUCACCACGGAUGAAAUAGAUUUCAGUGACCCAGAAGCAUUAGCGAAAGCCCUGAAUAUGUCAACCAACGAUAUGAGCUGAAAAUAUCACGACAUUCUCAAGUCUCCAGCGUGGACUAUUCUUCACUCACGAUUUAUACCAGGAACUCUGGGAAACUGGACUGUUUUCGGACAUCAACCGACUGUUUUUAUUUACCGGCGCCAUUUUGUGAUGCUGAUCAGUCUUUUUGUUAGUCCUAGACGGACUUUUCAGAGAAAUAUUUGUAGCUCUUUUUCUAAAGAAAUUUAUCAGUUUUCUAUACUCAGAGAAUGAAACAAAUUGUUUUCAGCGAUAUAAUCCAUCUUUGAUAUUAAAAUGUAAAUAACGCAUUUGUAAAUAAUUCGAGAUUAUAAUCUAGAAAAUCUA